CCAACUUCGACUAGCUCUGUUCACGCCUUUGCCAUACACUCAUCAACACAAAAAUGGGAAAAGUUCACCUUGAGGAUAAUGAUACCAAAGAGAAUGAAACUGAGUUUAGCUUAGUACGGGUCAAAGAUACCUGGAAGUGCAAAAGAGGGAAAAAUGUCACAGCUGACAAUGUGUCUGCUGCAAAGAUCUAUGAGACCAUCACAGAAAACAGCACCAGUUGGACAGUGGUCAGCCCCAUCGUCCUCACUUACAAGGUUACUGAGACCCAGGACUUGCUGGACCCUAGCAACCAAACGCUCCUGCUGGGCCACAUCACCGACCCGCAACAGUUGGAGGACAUUCAAAAAUCAAACAAGCAAAUUAAACGCUUUUUGGUGGUUGACCAAGAAGUCUACAAGUUUUACGGUCCCAAGCUCACUGAAUAUUUAGAGGCCAACAAGGUCCUGUACAAGAUUUUAGCUCUACCCACAACUGAGGAGAACAAAUCCAUGACAAUGGCAUUGAAGAUCCUAGAGGAAGUCAACAACUUCUCCCUUGACCGCCGCACAGAGCCCAUCAUUGCCAUUGGGGGAGGGGUGUGCCUGGACAUAGUGGGCCUGGCUGCGUCACUGUACAGAAGGCGGACCCCUUACAUCAGGGUGCCAACCACUCUGCUCUCCUACGUCGAUGCCAGCGUGGGAGCAAAGACGGGGGUUAACUUUGCAAACUGCAAGAACAAGCUAGGUGCCUACAUUCCCCCCGCUGCUGCCUUCCUCGACCUGUCAUUCCUAAAAACUGUUCCAAGACGACACAUCUCUAACGGGCUAGCAGAGAUGUUAAAGAUGGCCUUGAUGAAACACAGAGGACUCUUUGAACUUCUUGAGACACAGGGCCGCAUGCUGCUGGACACGAAAUUCCAGGCUGACAACAGGGCAUACGGACGCAACUGCCUACAGGUGGCGUCACAAGCGACUCGUAUAGCCAUUGUAACCAUGCUGGAGGAACUUGCCCCAAACCUUUGGGAGGAUGACCUGAACAGACUUGUGGACUUUGGCCACCUUAUCAGCCCAGCAUUAGAGAUGAAAGUUCUCCCAUCUCUGCUGCAUGGUGAGGCAGUGAACAUUGAUAUGUCUUACAUGGUUUACGUGUCCAAAGAGAGGGGUCUGUUGACAGAAGACGAAAAGCAAAGGAUCAUCAACUGCAUGGUGGGCCUGGAGCUGCCUGUCUGGCAUGAGGCGUUUACCAUGGAGCUCAUACAGAAGUCUCUGCAGGACAGGCUGAAGCAUUCUGGAGGCUUGGUCCGAAUGCCACUCCCUGUCACUCUUGGGAAAGCAGAAAUUUCCAAUGACACAUCUUGUGAGGUCCUGCACAGAGCUUACGUAACAUGGUGUGAAGAGCUGAGCGUCUCCUCUGACAGCAACUCUGACUCUUAACCUGCCCAUCCCACAACUGCAUUGGUUGAAUUGUUUUUUUAGAAAAAAUGUUUACAUUUUGUAGGGAGUUGUAUAUACUUCUGGUUUUGUACUCCAAUGUACAAUGUUUUUUCCAAUGUUUUGGGAAAAAUAAACUACAGUUGAUAGCAUGCCAAGGUCCAAAUGUCGGAUAGCUGUAAUAGCACUGCUUUAAGGUAUUUCUAUAUGCUUCUGCCCAGCAUGUGUUCCUAGAAUCUCCUUUUCUGCAAAUGCUGGUUAUACCAGAUGCAUUUGAACUUGUUAAUGAACUACACAGGUAUGUAAUGUGCAUACUACUCUCGUAUGAUGUCAUGCAUACUUGUUAGCUUGCCCUAUUAAAGAUAUGUCUUACCAUUUAUCAAA